UAAUUACUUGAUCGAGUGAAGAGAAAGAACAAUAAAAAAAAUGGGCGAAGGAGAGCGUUCAGGAGAUGGAAGAAAAACAGGUGAAGAAGUUGAUGCUGGUGCCCUCUUCGUCCUUAAAUCCAAAGGCACAUGGUGGCACUGCGGUUUCCACUUGACGACGUCGAUAGUGGCGCCUCCCUUAUUGAGUUUACCGUAUGCUUUCAAGUUCUUGGGAUGGGCCGCGGGACUAUCGUGUUUGGUGGGGGGAGCAGCCGUCACGUUUUACUCAUACACGCUCCUCUCCCUUACUCUCCAACACCAUGCUUCACUCGGCCACCGCUACCUUCGGUUCCGGGACAUGGCACACCACAUCCUCGGGCCAAAAUGGGGAACGUACUACGUGGGACCAAUACAAAUGGCGGUCUGCUAUGGUGUGGUUAUCGCCAAUACCCUCUUGGGAGGCCAGUGCCUUAAGGCAAUUUAUCUGAUAAUGGAGCCAAACGGUGAAAUGAAACUCUUUGAGUUUGUGAUUCUUUUUGGAGGCUUGCUCCUGGUUUUGGCACAAAUCCCAUCUUUUCAUUCUCUACGUCACAUCAACUUCUUCUCCCUCGUCCUAUGCCUUCUCUACAGUGCUUUAGCCGCUGCUGCAUCCAUCAUUAUUGGAAAUAAAUCAAAUGGACCGGAGAAAGACUAUGCAAUAGUUGGUGACAAGGAAACCAAAGUGUUUGGGAUCUUUAAUGCUAUGGCUAUUAUUGCCACUACAUACGGCAACGGCAUUAUACCAGAAAUUCAGGCAACAUUGGCGGCACCAGUAAAAGGAAAAAUGUUUAAAGGAUUGUGUAUGUGUUACACAGUAGUGAUAGUGACAUUCUUCACCGUAGCCAUCUCAGGAUACUGGGCGUUUGGUAAUAAAGCCAAUGGACUCAUAUUCACCAACUUUUUGAAUCCUGAGACAAACCAUUACUUAGUUCCUACAUGGUUCAUUUUUCUCAUCAACCUCUUCACCGUCCUGCAGCUCUCGGCCGUUGCCGUGGUGUAUUUACAACCUAUAAACGAUAUUUUGGAAAGUGCACUUGGCGAUCCAACAAAGAAAGAGUUCUCUAUCCGCAAUGUCAUACCUCGACUAGCCGCCCGUUCUCUCUUCGUCGUGGUUGCUACAAUCUUUGCGGCAAUGCUUCCAUUUUUUGGAGAUGUAAACUCGUUGCUAGGUGCAUUUGGUUUCAUACCUCUAGACUUUGUUCUGCCCGUUGUGUUUUUCAACUUCACGUUCAAGCCAUCUAAGAAAAGCUUUAUCUUUUGGAUCAACACUAUAAUCGCCGUACUGUUUUCUUGUUUAGGAGUGAUUGCUAUGGUCGCGGCAGUUAGGCAGAUUGUUCUUGAUGCCAAAACGUAUAAACUCUUUGCGGAUGUAUAAAACAUGCAAAGCAAAGUGAGAUUGUUGUUGUUAAAAGUAUAAACCAUUUUUUUA